AUGACCAAAGAACACCAACCCCAAGAAUCACCUUCAGCACCACAAUCCUCAACCUCAUUCACCAUUCUCCCAGACACCAUUUCCAAUUACGCCCGGCACCUCCUCUCUCACCCACCCUCCACCGACACCAAAGAAAUCGAAACAACAAUCUCCCGACUCAACUUAUCCCAACACAUCGAAGGCGGCUACUUCGUCGAAACAGACCGAGACAAGCUCUUAGUUCCAAAUCCAUUCCAACAUCUACCAGCCCUAUCCAACCCAACCGCCACCGACGACUCACCAACGCGACACGCCAGCACCACGAUUUUCUACCUAUUGACGCCACGCAGCCCCGUGGGCCAUUUCCACCGUAACCGCGGACGGACCGUACACACUCUCCAUCGGGGUCGAGGGGUGUAUGUCCUGCUUGACACUAACCGUCGUGACAGCGUGACGGGUAAAGUUCCGAUCGAGACGUUUGUGGUAGGCCACGAUUUGGAGAAAGGGGAAAAGUUGCAGUGGAUUGUGGAGGGGGGUGUGUUUAAGGCGAGUUUUUUGAUUCCCGACCAGAACAGUCCGGCUGCUGGGGGUACCGAGGGUGCUGGUACUACUGCCGGUGACGAAGAAAAGAAUGAAGCUGAAGCUGAAUCUUCGGCCGGGGGAUUACUGAUUACCGAAACGGUCGUGCCCGGAUUCGAAUAUGCGGACCAUGAUUUCUUGACUUUUGACACAAUGCAAGAGCUGUUGGUGCCGGAACAAAUUGAGGAGUUGAAGUGGUUGCUGGCGAGACGGGAGAAGAGAUAA